UUCACAUAGCACUCACUUAUUACUUACACCAGCGUAUAUUGUUUCACCACAAAUAUGAUUCAUGGGUUCUCAUACACAUAAGAAAGUUUCACAAAAUAAAAAAGAAAAAAAGAAUUGCAGUGAUGACGACUCUAAAAUUAGAAAAUAUAUUCUGUUUACCUAUUACUUAAUUUUUCUAUUGGGAAUUCCAAUAUGGUGGAAAACUACUACGUACUAUCGAGCAUCUAUGCCUUUUUAUGAAAUGGAAAAUGCGAGAUAUAAGUUGGAAUCCCAUCUACGAUUUACUCCAACGUUCAGAAUUGAGAAUGACCCAGACGGAAAAUUAACGGAUCUUUCUGACAAGCUGAUAAAUGAAGAGCCUCAAUUUCCAUUUUAUGAACUUCAGUUUACAGAGUCCAAAGAGGCUGCUGACUAUUCAAUUUGUAUAUCAAAGUCUUCUGAAAGUUCUUCGUAUUGGAAAGGAAGGAAUUUGUACUUAGAGUACAAAGAAGAUAUUUCGGAAAAAGAGAUAGCCAUAAUGCUAGUAAAUCGUCUGUAUGAGGUUUUCAGUCCGGAAAUUAUGGACAUAUCUGGGAAGUAUUCCCAACUAACAUCAAAAAACGUCCCCUCCAAAGUGUACAAUAAGCGGUCAAUACAGUUUUCACCGCAAUACCGUAUUCUGUUGAGUUUAAUCUUGGGUGAAGGAUCCCAUGAUCUUUAUGGUUGGGAAAUUGAGAAUGCCGUUGCUAAAUACUUACAUCCUUUAAUCCAGCAGCUUUCUCAAAUUAUGAACUUAACCGUAGAGUCUCAAGUACAAUACUUCGUAGACGACCCACCGGUCACUUCAAAAGAAGGAGAAUAUCGAACGGCAUUUUCCGACUUCCCCAAAGUUGUUAACAAUCUUGAAAAAUACCUCACAAUCAACUCGAAUGUAAGAGAACCUACUCUGCAUUUUGUGUUGUAUGUCCCUUCCCAAGAGAUACAACCACUGAAAUUGGAAGAUCAGAAUGGUGAAGAGGUUGCGACGAAUUCAAUGCUAUUACCUCAAUGGGGCUCAAUUAUUAUAACAAAUACAAAUAAUUCGUCUUCGAACCUCCUACAAGAUUUUGACAUGAGAUCCCAAUUUCGUACGAUAUCAAAAGAUCUCCUUUUACUAUUAGGGGUAGAUGAUUUUUCAUCAUUCAGUCUAAACCCGGUAGUAAUGGAACGAAUGUUAAGGCAAAGGAUAGCGGAAAGCCUAGUUGCAACGACCGACACAUUACUCAACCUUUCAAAGCUCAUCAAGUCAAUUGAAAACAUGGCUGUUCCUAAAGAAAUACAAUUAUACGUAAAAGAGGCUUUGAAAUCACUGGAUCUAGCAUACGAUACCCUUUCUGAGAGGAAAUUAAGUAAGACUCUUUCGUAUAGCACGAAUUCCUUUGAGAAGGCACAAAAAGCCCUAUUUCACUCGAGUAUGGUGACCACCGUGUAUUUCCCUGAUGAAUCAAAGUAUGGGAUUUACGCACCUCUCUUUGCACCUAUUAUGAUUCCUUUGUUAUUGUCGUUCAUCAGAAUGGUUUCUAAUGCACUAAGAUCAAUGCCGGUUUUUCAAAGAAAAAACAAGUCAGCAUAAAAAAAUAUAUAAAUGAUAUCAUAUAUUUAGACAUAAUUCAUUCGGUAUUCUGAAUCAUAUUUAAAGCUAGAGGUGAUUAUGACAAACAGAAAAUCGGUAAAAAUCUAAGGAAGAAUGCAUAAAGAACAAUAAAAAAAAAAAAAAAAACACACACACACACACACACACACAAAUCUAAGGGAAAAAAAAUAAAGAAUGAAAAAAAAAAAAAAAAAUUCCGAGACUGAAGAGGUACUAAAGCAACGAUCCAUUCACAUGCAGAGUAGAAUAACUACUGAAGAAGGGAACAUCAUUCAAGUCAAAUAACCUAUAAAGCAAUUUCUAAGUAUUGCUUCCUCGUUUACCCAAGCAUGAUUCAUCACUGAAAAUGACCGUUAGCUUUUAUACCUAAGAAGUUUGUUAUUCUUACUAAAUACUUGAGUGGCAUCUAUGCCAGAAUUAUUUAUAAUCUUUUUAACACCAGCAGGAUGAUAAUUUAGGUAAGGUGUUACAUUGUAAACUUUUCCUUUAAUUGACAUCCAGCAAUCCUCCUCGGUACAGUGCUUUUUAAGCUCAUCUUUAGACACUUUCAUCGGUCUAUUCACCCCCUACGUAAAAUGUUAGAUCGCUUAAGGUAAAUCGAGUUACAAUUUUGAAUAUCCAUAAUGAUGCAAACUGAAGUGUAUGCAACAAUUCAAUCCCCAAACACUGUGAUAUAAAACACCGCCAACACCUAAUGGAUUAUUAAAGACACAUUUUUGUUACAUACAGAUAAAUUUUCUCCACUUGAUAUUUUCCUGGCCCAAUCUAGUUGAGAAUAUCCUGGCGCAACAGAGUAUUUUCCUCUUUUUGGAAGUGACUUUUUGAAUUCACCGUCGACUUUUCCAGUACUGCCUUCUCCGAUACCAAAGUUCUUGAAAAGCGCGACCAUUUAUUCUGGUGUUAACGAAUCUAGACUAAGUAAAUUCACAAAACAAAGAAUACUUUAUUGAUAGAAUAUAGUAGAGGGAGAAGUCAAAUUUCACUGCCAUUGGUAAUGAAAUAUAAGUUUUAUGGUUGACUAUGUCGCUUAAGCGAACUGCUUAAGUAUCGCUAAAUAUAAGCUAGAAAAUUAACCAAGUGACGUUAAAAGUGUUUGUAAACAAAAGCACUACGACUAGGAAUAAAGAUGUAUUGAAGAAAGAAAGAAUAUUAGUUAACUUUUAAGCUUUAUGGCUUUCUAGUUGCUUGUUUUUACGAUGGUUCUUUGGAAACGAGCUAGUGCAACAUGUAGAACAAUAUCAAUAUCCGACAACAAUCAUGUUCAGGACAAAUUAAGCCUUGUGACUAAUAAUUGAGACCAUGAGCAUGUUUUAAGUAUUGCUAAAUUAGUAUAUAACUCGAUGCACCGGUCACUUCAUUAUAGGUAAUCAGAUCUUGGCUUAUAAACAAACUGUUAACAGCUAAGGAUACCUAUAUCUCCAUUUGAUUUAUUUUUGUCUUAAUGUCUUUUAUAAGUUUGUAAAAUAAGUCGGAUAUAAGGUCCAUGAAUCCAAGUUGUACAGUCAGCAUUCUCCAUAUUAAGGACGACUCUCUCCCUUUACCCAUAU